UUCUUCUUUCGAUUUCUGCAAUUCUUUGGAAGUUAGCUCUACUUCAGUGGAAGAUUAGAAGAAGCGAGCGUGAUUCCUCGCCUGCACAAUGAGUGCAGGAGGGUAUUAUUAUGGACAGCAGCAGCAGCAAAAUCGGCCUGGUGGGGUGAUGCAGCAGAGCUCAGGUGGUGGAGCUGGCUAUGCGGCUCCUGGCUCAGGUAUGUCAACCUCCUAUCCUCAACCCCAGCCACAGCAACCUCAGCCGCAGCAACAACAACAACAGCAGCAGUACAAUGCGUAUGACAGUUCUUACGGCAGAGGAGCACAGCAACCCCCACAACAACAGCAGCAGCAGCCUCAGCAAUACCAACAGCAAGCCUCUGGCCAGGCUAGUGGCUAUUCUCAAGGUUAUAGCCAGCAGCAAGCACAGCAGCGUGCACCUCCACCACCACCACAGCAGCCUUAUGUUGGCUCUUCUGGUCAGAGUUACUACGGCAGGCAAGGGGGAAACGAGGCAGCGUAUGACACUUCGGGCCAGCAGAAAGCCCAGCAGUCCCAGCAGACCCAGCAAGGGGGCCAGAGCUAUUAUGCUGGUAAAAACCAUGGUGGUGAGUAUGGAAGUCCCUCGACCUCCCACCCUAGUUAUGGUGGUGGUGGUGGUGGUGGUGGUGGUGGUGGUGGUGGCGGUGGUGGUGGUGGUGGAAAUGCAUCGCAUGGUGCCGGUACGUAUGGUCAUCAUUAUUCCUCUGCCAACAAUAAUUAUGGUCCUAAUAGUACGGCUUAUCCAGCAAGUGGUGCAAUUACGUCUUCUACGUACUCAGCAUCCUCAUCACAAGCCAGUUACCGACGAGAAACUGAUUACCAGGCUUCUCAGCAAACACAGCAACAGCAACCGCAGCAGCAGCAGCAGCAACAACAACAACAACAACAACAACCACAGCAACAACAACAGCAGUCAGCUCAAGCUCCGACUGCCGCAUCAGCUCAAGCAUCCACUGCAGCUAGCGCCGCUGCUGCCGCUGUUGUGGCAGCAGCUGCAGCUGCUGCUGCCGCCAGUCAAUCUGGCUCUUUCCAAGCUUAUGAUUCAAGCAAGUACAUUGGAUUCGAUUCGAAUGCAUACAUGUCACAGAAUCCCGACUACUACAAGGGCCCAGGUACUCAGCCACAUGCAAGAUCAUCUUGGAAAAGCCGCAGUAGUCGUGGCGGUGGUGGUCGUGGAGGUGGGUUUGCUGGAGGUCGUCAUGAGGCAGACUAUGGAGAUGCAGCUGGACCUUAUGGUGGUGGUGGUGGUGGCGGUGGCCAUGGUGGGUACGGUGGACAUGGUAGCCAUAGUGGCCAUGGUGCUGGUGCAUCUGGCCGUGGAGCUGGUGGAUAUGGUAGCAGACCGUAUCCUCCAAAGAAACCACCAGGACCACCAACUCCUCAGAUCUACUGUGAGAUCUGCAAGAUCAGUUGUGUUGGACAACAGGCCUAUCAGAACCAUCUUGAUGGCACUAAGCACAAGAAACGUGUUCUGGCACAGUCGGAAGAGAAGGAGGGUAGUGGUGAUCGUGUUGUUGGAAAGGGCUGCUACCUUUGCCAACUGUGUGAUAUAGUCUGUACAGGAGAGCAGGCUUUUAGUGCCCAUAUUCGAGGUGCUAAGCAUUUGAAGACGCUGAAGCUUCAUCAGUCUCUGGGGAAAGAAAUUCCCAAGAUUGAAAUGCCACGUUCAGCUACGAAGGAGGACAAGAUUUUGGCCGAGAAAAAUGUCUCGCUGCCGAAGGUGAACUUUGUUUCAGGUGCUAAAACAAACCUGAGCAUAGCUGAAGAGGAUGGCAACAACAACAACAACAAUAGUGAAGCAGGAAGCAGCUCAUCACCUGCAGCUGCAGCUUCCGUCUCAUCAGGAGAAGGUACCAGCGCUUCUGACACUCGUCCGCAAGCGAAGGAACCCGCAGAGGAAGUGGAGCCCGUCGGUGAAGAGCUUAUCGAAGUUAUCCCGCCAGGUGCCAAGCAUCCACGCGGAGGAUUUUACUGCAACCUGUGCAAAUGUCCGUUCACGGAUAGCACUGCGAGAGACCUUCACCUCCGUGGGCGUCGUCAUCGUCUCAAUUACAAGAAAGAGCACGAUCCAAGUCUCAAAGUUGCACCACAACCUUCUCGUGCUAAGCAGCUAAAGAAGAAGCACAACCAAGAAGAAGCCAAUCGCCUCCGUCAAGAGGACCAGCAACGUCGAAGGAAAGAAGAAGAGGCGCAGCAGUAUCGUAGUAACGAGUUCUACAUGGACCGUUACGACGACAGUCGUGAGUGGCGUGGACGGCCCGAUACUUACUUUGACCAUGGAGAACACCAAGCUCACUUUGAUCGUGGCCCAUUCCAGCAAGCAGCUCCACGAAUUCCUCCAAGUUACAAUGACAAGCUAGCAAUCAGCAAGCAUCAAUCCAUCUAUCCUCAGGAUACUGAGUUGGGUGCUGUCCAAAGCAGUGUAAGCGACACUGAGGAAGGCUUGAAGGCCGUUGCUGAAUCCUUCCCAUCAUCGACAACGGAGAGUAGCAGCUCGCCCACUGCUGAUGAUGCGUCAAAGACAGAGGAGCCUAUGCAACAGGAACAACCCCAGCAGUCACAGCCAAAACUAUUGUUUAGAGGAGUCAUCCGUGUGGGCAUACUUGCCAAAGGUCUUCUGCUGACCGGUAAUAGGGACGUAGAACUUGUCAUGCUGUGCAAUGAAAAACCAACCGUCAGUUUGCUGGAACAAAUUCACCAGAAGCUACCCGAGCAGCUAGCGAAAAGGAAUUCUGAAGUGAAGUAUGACGUUGGAAUUUGUGUUGACAAUGCUGUCAUCACUGUACGCCGGCAAGAAGAGCCUUGUGUAAACGUGUCAAUUCGCCUUACCUCACCAGAAAUGCGCAGCAUUUCAGAUGAUGAAGCAAAGGCGGACGCAGCAGCGGGUGUGCUCAACAGGGAGAAAUGUGUUGAAUCGCUGGCGGAGUUACGGCGAACUAAGUGGUUCCAGUCACAAGCGCAUCGGAUGCCCUCUUGCACCGUAGCAUUGCGCAUCCUGCGUGAUCUCUGCCAAAGACUCAGCCCGUGGGCCGCUCUGCCUGAAUGGGCUUUGGAACUUCUAGUACAGAAGAGUAUCCUGACCCUUGAUCCCAGCGAGAAUAGUGCCGGCAUGGCCGUUCAGCGAGUGCUGGAAAUCCUCUCUGCUGGACUGCUCCUGCCAGGUGGACCGGGUCUAAUGGACCCAUGUGAGCGUGAUGCUGCGGAUGCCUGUUCAUCGCUCACUGAUCAGCAACGCGAAGACAUCACUGCCAGUGCUCAGCAUGCUUUGCGACUGGCAGUGUUCCGCCAGUUUUACCGAGUACUGGGUAUGGAUCCACCCGCGCCUCCAACACACGCCAAGAAAAGGCCUGCAGGGGAAUCUGCCGAUGCAGAGCCCGCCGAGUCGUCCGCAUCACCAGCCGAACCCGAAGCGAAGAAAAGCAAAACUGAAGAAACUCCUGCAGUGUCUGUGCCUUCAGCAUAGCUAUAGUCGAUCAUCCUCGGCAACAACCAACAUCUUAAAGAAUCGGCCCGUUACUUUCAUUUGCUUCUGGUGUUUGGCUCAUCUUUGUUUUAGUCACAUCUUUUCAAAAUUCUUAGUACAGUGCAGUCUAUGGCUAACUGGCUGUAUAUGGCUCAGCCAGCUCAAUACUGUAGUGCUCGGCAUGGUGUGUGCGUGUCUGUGUGUCCGUCUGUCUGUGUUCUGCAUUGUACACCGUUUGAGCAUUUGACUGUCCUUUCUUUGUCUCUUACGUUUCUUAGUUGGGUUGCAAGGUAGCCUGCUGCAUACUGCAUGUGUUUGUGGGUGUCUGUGUGUAUGAGUAGUUUAGACACUACUUAGUAUUUCAUUGUUUACGACUGACUCAUGUCCGCUGCAAUUUUCAGAUUUCAACAGGUCCAAUUUAUUACCUUUCUGAAUUGAAGGUCUAACCGGCUUCCUUUCUCA